GUUCUUCUCUUGUCCCUCCAUCAUCUUUGAGGAAUCUCAUUUUUAGUGUUGGUCAUCAAAGAAACAAUAUGGCAAGUUCAGAUCGAAAACUAAGCAAAUUUGAUGAACUCAUCAAGAAAAGCAAAUCAGUUGUAAAUGGAAAUCCUACUCGAUACCAGGUGCAAAAAAUGAUGGACAAUACAGAUACAUUUCUGUCAUAUCAAAAGAUUUUCUUGGGUGAGAGAAACAAACAGAAAUCCCAUAAAACCAUUCUGCUGGUGGGAGAAACAGGAACAGGAAAAACAACCCUGAUCAAUACGAUGAUCAACUACAUGUUGGGAGUUCAGAGAGAAGACAAGGUUUGGUUUGAGUUCACAGAUGAUCAGAGCGACCGAUCUUCAGCUCAAAGUCAGACCUCCAGCGUCACUGUUUAUGGGUUUUAUCUACAAGAGAGUCCAAUCGAUUUAACAAUCAUUGACACACCAGGAUAUGGAGACACACGUGGAGUUAAUCUUGAUAAAAAGAUCGCCAAGAGUUUGCUUAAUUUAAGUAAAUCUGAAGAAGGGAUCCAUGAAAUACAUGCAGUGUGUCUGGUGAUUAAAGCAUCACAGAAUCGACUCUCGGACAGACAAAAAUACAUUUUUGAUGCAGUUCAGUCUUUAUUUGGGAAAGAUAUUUCUGAAAACAUUGUCUUGCUCUUCACACACUCAGAUGGGAUGCGUCCUAAAAAUGCUCUGACGGCUGUUGAAGCUGCUGAAAUCCAGUGUGCAGUGAAUAAGAAGAAUCAGCCAGUGUAUUUCUUGUUUAACAACUGUCAGUCAGACGCUGCUGAUGGAGAAGAUGAUGAAGAAUAUGAUGAAGAAUAUGAUGAAGCAAAUAAGCAGAGACUGGAUCAAUCAUGGAAUCUCAGUUUUAGAGGAAUUACAAGAUUGUUCAAGUUUCUUGACACAAUAAAACCAAAAUCCCUGGAGAUGACUCGAGAUGUUAUAGAGAAACGGGAACGUUUGGAGGCAAAUGUCUCCAAUAUACGAGAACGUGUUAAAAUGAUGGAAAAAAAGCAAAUUGAGCUGAAACAAACACAAGAAGCCCUGGAGAAGAACAAGCAAGAUGUCAUAGCAAAGAAGAACUUUGAGUAUGAAGUUGAAGUUCCCUACAAAGAGAUAGUUGAUAUUGAUACUUCUUUAGCCAGUAAGGCAUUGUGCUGCGUAUUCUGUGAAGAGAACUGUCAUUAUCCUGGAUGCUGGUGGGUCGCUAAUCUGGCGUGGUGUGAAGUGAUGAAAAAUGAUUACUGUACAGUGUGCACUAAUAAGUGCCACUACAGCAAACAUGUUAAACAACCAAAAAUAUAUCAAAUAAAGACAAAGAAGGAGAAGAGAUUUUAUGAAGGUUUAAAGAAGAAAUAUGAUGAUAGUAUGAUAAAAAUUGGUGAUGAUGUUUCUUUGGUCAAGAAGCUGAAUGAAGAACUGCAAGAAUUAGAGAAAGAGAAAAUAAUGCUGGUGACUGAAGCUUUUGACUGUGUGGAAAGUCUGGACAAGAUUGCACUCAAGAGUGAUUCUGCAUUCACACUUCUUCACAUUGAUGCUCUGAUUAUGAAGCUGAAAGAAAUAAAUGAGCCUGACAAGGCCAGAAAACUGGAUAUCAUCAAGAAGAGAGCAGGAGGAGAAAAGCAUGGAGCAUUGGAUUACUUAAAAAGAUUUUUUUUUAAAUAAGUUCAAUUCCUCUGCCCCUCAAAUUAUGCAAA